AUGAGAUCACCAGUGAACCUACAAGCUGGACCUGGGCAAAAGCAGGCUUUCACGCUCCCCCCGACCUGGAACGACCAGGCUUUUACUUUCCUGGCCAGCCCCCUGACGUGGCUAGACGUCCUGUACGUAUACACUACCCACGCCCUAUUUGUGCUGAGAUGUCCCUCCAACUGCCUGGCCCAAAGGCACCCAUUCAGAGUGCUGGAAGGGGAAGUCAUCUUUUAUAAAAUCAUCGAUUACAUUUUACAUGGAAAAGAAGAGAUCAAAGUCAUUCCGACAGCUCCCACGGACCACUGGACUCUUGUUAGUGGGUUGCCAACAUACAUUGCUGAAAAUGGAUUUAUCUGCAACAUGCUGAACGCCCCAGCCGAUGAAUACUUCACGUUUCAGAAAGGACCUGUAGAUGAAACUGGUUGGGUCAUUAAAAAUGUCUUGUCCCUGCCUAUUGUCAACAAAAAAGAAGACAUCGUGGGUGUAGCUACAUUUUACAACAGGAAGGAUGGAAAGCCUUUUGAUGAAUAUGAUGAGCACAUUGCUGAGACUCUCACACAGUUUCUUGGAUGGUCUCUUUUAAAUACUGACACCUGUGAGAAAAUGAAUAAGCUGGAGAACAGAAAGGACAUAGCCCAAGAAAUGCUCAUGAACCACACCAAAGCUACGCCUGAUGAAAUCAAGUCUAUUUUGAAAUUUAAAGAGAAGUUAAAUAUAGAUGUAAUUGAAGACUGUGAAGAAAAACAGCUUGUCACAAUUUUGAAAGAGGACCUGCCGGACCCACGGACCGCAGACCUGUAUGAAUUCCGCUUCAGCGACCUGCCCAUCACAGAGCACGAACUGAUUAAGUGUGGACUUCGGCUGUUUUUUGAAAUAAACGUGGUGGAGAAAUUCAAAGUACCCGUAGAGGUUCUCACCAGAUGGAUGUACAUGGUGAGGAAGGGGUACCGGGCCGUCACGUACCACAACUGGAGACACGGGUUUAAUGUGGGGCAGACCAUGUUCGCUUUGCUGAUGACAGGAAGACUGAAGAAAUACUACACAGACCUUGAAGCCUUUGCCAUGCUUGCUGCUGCCUUCUGCCAUGACACUGACCACAGAGGCACCAAUAAUUUGUAUCAGAUGAAGUCCACUUCUCCGCUAGCAAGGCUUCACGGCUCUUCCAUCUUGGAGAGGCACCACCUGGAGUACAGUAAGACGCUCCUGCAGGGUGAGAGUUUAAACAUCUUCCAGAACCUAAAUAAAUGCCAGUAUGAAACAGUUAUUCAUUUGUUUGAAGUUGCAAUAAUAGCAACUGACCUGGCUUUAUAUUUCACGAAGAGAACCAUGUUUCAAAAAAUUGUUGAUGCCUGUGAAAAAAUGGAAACUGAAGAAGAGGCCAUCAAAUAUGUAACCAUUGAUCUAACCAAAAAGGAGAUUAUCAUGGCGAUGAUGGUGACUGCGUGUGAUCUGUCAGCUAUAACCAAGCCCUGGGAGGCACAAAGUCAGGUGGCACUCCUGGUUGCAAAUGCAUUUUGGGACAAGGAGAUCUGGAGAGAACAGUGCUGCAGCAACAACCCAUUCCUAUGA